AUGCGUCUCCCAUAUGUGCCCGAUGCCCCACCAACCAGCACUCCCGAAGAGGCAGAUAUCCUUGCUCGAGUGCAAGCCCGACGUGGGUCUCUCGGCCUCAUUCCUCUUGACCGUGCUUUGUUGCACUCCUUUCCCGUCACGGAUGGAUGGAACUCAUUCAUAGGGGCCAUUCGAACCCGGACGAGUCUCUCACAAGUUAUUCGCGAGUUAAUCAUCUGCCGCGUGGCCGCCCUCAAUGAGGCAUGGUUUGAAUGGGAACAUCACGCACCUUUACUGCAGGAAGGUGGAUUCAAGGAGGAGGCAAUGGCUAUUGUUCGAGAUGCUCAGAUAGAUCUUUCUGCGAAGGUCCAUGAGGGGUUAAUCAGCGAGGUAGAAUGCGCCGUUAUCAGGUAUACAGAUGCCAUGACCAAAACGGUGACCGUUCCUGAAGAGGUUUUUCAAGGGCUUAAAGAGAUUUUCAAUGAUCGAGAAGUUGUGGAAAUCACCGCAACUGUGGCGGCUUAUAACUGCGUGAGUCGGUUCUUGGUUGCCCUGGAUGUUGGAGAAAAUAAUCAGUGA